ACAAGAAGAACCGAACAUCUGACAUUAAUCGAGAGUUUCAAUUUACCAAAUUGCCCCAUUGUGGAUUAAAACCCUGUAGUAAAAUUAUAAACCUCUAUCGGUAGAUAGUGCAGACUUCAAAAUGAGGGGCUUGUUGGUCGUUUUAUGUUUUUUCUGGUGUGUGGACGGAUAUACCAUCCAAGACCAGACACAGCUUCACACAAACCUCACCACGGGGUAUGACCGAAGGGUAAGGCCAGGAAUCGACAGAACGACCCCCCUGCAAAUCGAUAUCAAAUUCUAUCUGACGAGUUUGAAGGAAUUCUCGGAAGGACUAAGUAAAAUUGGUAUUGUGGGAUCACUUAGUCUUGAAUGGACAGAUUCCCGACUCGCAUGGAACCCUACCAACUAUGGUGGAGACCUGUACGAUACAACACUCUUUAUAUCUGAUAUUUGGGUACCUUUUCUGGUAUUGAUGAAUCCAUUCGAUAAAGUUCGCAAAGUGCUUUUAAAUGGAAUGUCUUGCAAAGUAUAUGAUUACGGAAAAGUCAACUGCCUACCACCUGAUCUUUAUGAAGCCACUUGUGAUGCUGACGUCACUUAUUACCCGUUUGAUUCGCAGACGUGCACAUUAAAAUUUUACGUUCCCGCUCUAAGCCCAUCAGAUAUUAUUCUGAGACCAAAUUCCUCUACAUUUGACACGUUGUUGUACGAGGAGAAUGGAUUGUGGUCUAUCAAAAGCACCCGUCUAUAUUACCAUGUUAACCUGUACAAUUUCGAGGAACUUCGAUUGGAAAUCAACAUGAAGCGAAGGACCGCAUAUUACAUCACUGGAUUACUUUUACCAAUUGCUUUAAUGAAUUUUCUUCAGAUUUUAGUGUUUGCCUUACCUGUGGAGUCCGGAGAGAGGAUGGGAUUUUCUAUCACCGUUUUACUGGCUGUCGCUGUUUUCCUCACAAUAAUACAAGACAAGCUACCCGAGGCAUCAGAACCGAAUGUAUCGUGCUUAACCUACAAACUUUUGGUUGACAUGUUGCUUGGUUGUGCUAUGGUGAUAGCCGUGGUAUUUGGGAUGAAUUUCUACCAUAAAACAGACGACAAGGAAAUUCCCGCCGGACUGAAGAGUUUUACACGCGGCGUGAUGAUGUGUCGUAAACGUAAAAUAUCUACAGCGUCAAUAGAAAAGUAUGGAGAUACGGAGAAAACUCCAGUAGAAUGUGUUAACGAUUAUGCAAACAGUGACGUCACAAGUAACGUCACUUGGAACGAUGUCGGAUUAGCUUUCGACAAGUUGUGUAUAAUACUUUUCCUUGUUUUACUGAUUUCUAGUAACUUUAUAUACCUUGCAACUAUGGGAAUAAUGAGUUCAUGACGACUUGACUAACCAUAAUCUAAAAUCGUUCGAUGUCAUCAAUACUCCAACACACUCACAAAUAACUGUCCAGCGUACUUAUUUGUUAGUUUCAGAAUCGAAUCGAAUCCUUAUCACCUGAAAGUUUUAUGACUGUGCAUGUAUAUAUACAAUUUGUAAUAUGUUUUAUGGUAUAUAAUCGGUUAAAGAGCUUUUUAGCUCAAGUUAUUUGUUUAUUGUAAAUAGUUCCGAUUUUGAAUAAAAAUUACUUCCUUGCA